AUGUCAGCUACCACAAUGAGAACUUUUGGUUCUACCAUUUGCUUCCUCUCACUUGUUUUCUCAUCAUUUUUUGGAACCACAUUAGCUUCCAAAAAGUCUUAUGUGGUGUACUUGGGAGCUCAUUCGCGUCAACCCAACCUUGAAGUCACAGAAUUUGAUUAUAAUAAAGUUAGAGACGAUCAUUAUACCUUCCUUGGAUCAUUCUUGGGAAGCAAACAAAAGGCUGAAGAGUCAAUCAUAUAUUGUUAUACAAGAUAUAUCAAUGGCUUUGCAGCAGUACUUGAUGAUGCAGAAGCAGCUGAGAUAGCUAAACAUCCGGAGGUUGUUUCCGUGUUCCUGAACAAAGGAAGGAAACUACAAACAACCAGAUCCUGGGAAUUUUUGGGACUUGAAAGUAAUGGCGGCACAAUCGAGAAAACCUCGGCUUGGAGCAAAGCAAGGUUUGGUGAAGACACCAUAAUCGCCACCCUUGACACUGGUGUAUGGCCUGAAUCAAAAAGCUUCAGUGAUGAUGGAUAUGGACCAAUUCCAGCAAAGUGGAAAGGUGGUUGUGAAAAUGAAAAUGAUGCCACCUUCAAAUGCAAUAGGAUUUCUCUGACAUCAAGAUACUUCAGUGGCGGAUAUAAUUCCGUGGCAUUGUCUCAAAACAUGACUACUUCAUACAACUCGCCACGAGACACCGAAGGCCAUGGUUCCCAUACAUUAUCAACAGCAGGUGGUACUUUUGUGCCAGGCGCGAGUUUAUUUGGAAUGGCGAACGGAACAGCAAAAGGCGGAUCGCCAAGAGCAAGAGUCGCGGCUUACAAGGUCUGCGGUCCUCCACUGGAAUCAGGAAACCAGUGUUAUGAUUCGGAUAUUUUGGCCGGCUUUGAUAUGGCGAUCCAUGAUGGUGUAGAUGUGAUCUCUGUAUCACUAGGAGGAGGGGCAGCUUCUUAUGAUGAAGAUGGCCUUUCAAUCGGUGCUUUUCAUGCUGUGAAGCACGGCAUUGUUGUCGUUUGCUCAGCAGGUAAUAGCGGACCUGAUGCCGGCACUGUUUCCAAUGUAGCACCCUGGAUAAUCACAGUUGGAGCAAAUACCAUGGACAGGGAGGUUGUUUCUUACCUCACUCUUGGGAACAAAUUGCAUUUUCGAGGUCAAAGCUUUUCAGACAAAACAUUGCCAGUUAAUUCAUACUAUCCAAUUGUGGACGGGAAAUCUGUUAAAGCCGCAAAUGCAUCAGCUGCCGACGCUGACCUCUGUACAGCAGGAACACUUGAUCCGAGUAAAGUGAAGGGAAAAAUCUUGGUUUGUCUUCGAGGAGUAUUUGAUAGGAUACAGAAGGGCAUUAAUGCUGCAUCAGCUGGUGCAGUAGGAAUGGUUCUGGUCAAUCCCGAGGAAGAUUUGGAAGAUAUCUUUCCUGAUUUUCAUGUCCUUCCUGCUGUAAACCUUGGCUAUACUGAAGGAGUUGCCGUUUACGCUUAUCUCUCCUCAACGAAGUCCCCUGUGGCUUCUCUCGGAGCUCCAACAACCGAAUUAGGCAUAAAACCUGCUCCGAUGAUGGCUGAUUUUUCAUCUAGGGGACCUAAUACUAUUACACCAGAGAUUCUUAAGGUUUAG